UAUGAAACGAUGUUGUUCGUACUGAAGGAAAGAAAUUCCAAUCGUUAUGGCGGAUUUCUAGAACUAGAACUUAUUAGAUUGUCAGUAUUCAGUUGUUAACGACCAGAUUCCAUUCUUUUACGAAUAUAGAUUAAGAAACCAUUUAACAUGGAUGACCAGGACGACUACGAAGGGAAACUAGAAUCUCUUCGGAAAUAUAUUCCUUUUUUAAUUAAUAUGAUGACUGAAUUGAAAGCUAAGGGCAAUAGGGAGGCGCAGUUGAAUAAAAUGCAGUCAUUGCAUGACAUGAUCACAAAUUCCAAGAAUAAACUUAAAGUGGAGACUCUCAAAAGAUGUGAGGACGUUCUAAGGAAUAUCUACUUCAAAGUGAAUCCCCAGUUAAGAAUGAAAUAUUCACUUUCUUCCCCGUCUUUAUCGACAGAAAAUAACGUAAUGCCUGAAAUUGAAAGCACCAGUUUUACCCCGGCUAGUCCAAGUCCACCCCCCAAUUCUCCACUAUUACGAACUGAACCAGUGACUAUUCCCACUGAAAAAAUAUCAUCUACUCAACCUUCUGUCGUUAUUCAGAGUAAAUCUUACUUACCAAAAAUAGAUGUCUAUAGCAACGUCGUUAUUAAUAAUCCUAUCAAAGUUGCAAAUCCAAUAUUGCCUGAUAUGUCAAAACCACCUAUUAGUUUAGAUGAUUUGAAAACUUUAGAAGAUGAUGUUCAUCAAAAAAUUACCGACAGUUAUUUAACUCAUGCUUCUGUAAACGAACUGCAAGAAUAUAAAAAACAGCUGGAGGUACAAAUUCGCGUAGAAAAUGUAAAUUCUACGAUGACACCACUUGAAGAACAAGAAAAAACUCUUAAAGAAAGUAGAAGUUCUAAAGAAAGUAAGAGCCAUAAAGAGAGUAAAAAACAUAAAGAAAGUAAAAGUUCUAAAGAAAGUAAAAGCCAUAAAGAGGGUAAGAGCCAUAAAGGGAGUAAGAGUCAUAAAGAGAGUAAGACCUCUAAAGAAAGUAAAAGUCCUUCUAAGAACUCAAGUUCUUCGAGUUCUAAAUCUUCGAGUUCUAAAAGUGACAAACAUCAUAAAAAACUUAUACAAAAGGUUUUAAAAGAACCUGACAGCAUUUUUGGAAGUGCAUUAUCCAGCAUUGACGAGAAACUUAUUGGAGAAAAGAAAAAUCCAAAGAAAGCAGAUAGGAGGUCUUCUGAUGUUUCUGACAACAAAAAAGAAAGUGCGGUUGAAAAUGUCACUGAAAGCAUUUUUUUAAAGAAAUGUGAAGACUCUGAGAGAAAAUCCUCUGAUAUAGAGAAGUCGCAUACUCCAAAACCAGAAAUAGUAUAUAAAAGACUUGCAGAUAAGUACAAUCCUAAACCCAGACAGAAACAGGUAGAAGCAGAGGCCGUUGAUGUUGAGAAGAAAGUGGCAGAAGUAAUUGAAAAAAAUAUGAAAGCAAAUGUGGCGAUGCCUUUUGAAGUUCCAAGUUUAUUGCCACGUGCCCUAGAAAAUUUUAUCAAUAAGUCUGUCUCCGAAAUAGUUACACCUGGCAUGUUAAGUGAAACUAUAACACCUUCAGCUGUACUGUGUGCGCCUUCACCUGUACCGUGUACAUCUUCACCUGUACACUUACAAAAUUUAACUAGUACGGCUACACCUCUACACCCACAAAUUCUAGCUAGUACGCCUUCACCUGUACACUUACAAACUGUAGCUAGUGCAUCUACAAUUCCAUUAACAAUUCUUCCAGAACCAACACUGUUAUCGCCUCCUCUUCUUAAUCCUUUGACACCAAAUUGUCAGAAUAUAUUUCAAACGCCUCAAUCUAGGCCGACCCCCCUUUUUAACGCUUCUUUGCGGAAUCCUCCAAUACUCCAAACACCUAACGUUUCUGAGCCUGCAUGGCGAAAUCCGCAAAUUCACCAAACACCUGACGUUUCUGAGCCUGCCUGGCGAAAUCCGCAAAUUCACCAAACACCUGACGUUUCUGAGCCUACAUGGCGAAAUCCGCAAAUUCACCAAACACCUGACGUUUCUGAGCCUACAUGGCGAAAUCCGCAAAUUCACCAAACACCUGACAUUUCUGAGCCUGCAUGGCGAAAUCCGCAAAUUCACCAAAUACCUGACGUUUCUGAGCCUGUUUUUUCCCGGGGCUUAAAUUUUGAGCCUCCAGAAUAUGCCCCAGUUCGUGUAGAUUUCGAAUUUGACAAUCGUAGAAUGGAGUUUGAACCUCAUAGUAGGCUAGAGUUCGAACCACCUCAUCAUUCGAGAGAUAAUCGAUUUGGUGUAAACCAAAGAUUUAUACCUCCGAGUACUAAUUCAUACAAUCAACCUGACUGGGGAGGAAAUUACUUUAGACAGAAUCAGAUGCCUGAGCAAAAUAAUUAUUCUGAGCGCCAAUGGAACGAUCAUUAUCAUCAGCAGUGGGGAGGCGUGCGUCCCGGUGAUCCUAGAAGUUAUAAAGAGUACAAGGAAAUGAAGGAGAGGGAAGCGCGUGCAAAUCAAGAAAACCCGAAAGAAACCAAAGAUCCCAGAUUAGCGGCUAAGGAAGCAAAUAAUUUAGUUUUAGCAGAAAGUAAAGAUCCCAGAUUAUCCAAAGAUGUGAUUAGUAGAGAUCCUCGAUUAUCCAAAUUACGGGACAGGAGUAAACAUGAUGGGAAUGGCACUACCUCGAAAUCGACGACUAGGGAAACUUAUAACAGUAAAUUUGAUAAGAUGUAUUCAAAUACCGCCAAGGUUAAGCCUCAUUUCAAACUCGAAAAGACUGAAGAAGAAUCGUUUGUCUCUCCUUUAGAUAGUUUGUACGUUAGUGAAAAGGGAAAGACUGGAAGGGGUUAUGGAGUACAGCAUUUUAAAAUACCGAAAAAGUCUCGAAAACCAGAAGAUAUUAAACCAUCAAAUACUAAAAAUGAUGAUAGUUCUGGCGAAGAAAAUGAAGCAGUUUCAAAAGUUGAAAGCGAAACUAAUGAUGUAAGUGACGGAGAAGACACACUAGAAGAAUCUAGCGUCCCCAUCCAGCCCACAUCAUCUAAAUCAGACUUAAAUGAGAUACCUGAAUCAUCAAAAUCAGAUUUAAUUUUAUUACCUGACUCACCUAAACCAGAAUUAAAUGUAUCAUCUGAAUCAUCUAAACCAGAUUUAAAUGUAUUACCUACUGUAGAAGAAAACAAACAAAACAUGCUCCAGCAAAUUGAUUUAUCUAGAGUCGUUGUUUGUAUCAAGUCAGAACCGAGCGAUGAUCAAGGAUUAUCUUGGGCAUCCCCAGAUGACGAUGAAUUUAUUAGCGAAUAUGAUCGAUAUCAAACAAACGACGUUGAGGAGUCUGAUAAAAAUGAUGUGUCAGUUAUAGAAGAACCAUCGUCAACACAAGCAGAAAUUUCUCCCGAGCCAAACAAAGAAAAUAAAAGUGACGUGGCAAAACCUGAGGAAUCGUCAGAACAAAAUAUUUUGGCUCACUUUUUUGAAAAUCUCCUGAAGAGCAAAAAUAAGAAGGAUAAGAAAUCUGCUCUGUUCUCACUUAUAGAAACCUUUUCCGACAGUUUUGACGAAAAGGAAAUUAAUAAAAUUAGAAAAAUUAUACAUGUUGAGGAAAAUACAGAGGAAGAAAGCGAAGAGGAAAAAGAAGCGGAAGCAGUUAAACAGAGUAAUGAAGUAGGGUCAACGACAGAAGACCUUCCAGAAAUAUCUAAUACAGAACAAGAAGCAGUUGCUGAGAGUACCGUAGAUGAUAAAAGUGCGUCUGACGGACAGGAACCGUUGGUAACAAAAAACAUAGCGGAACCAAUUCAAGAAUCAGUUGGAGAGAGGAUCAAAAGCAGAAAACGCAAUCUCGUGCCAAAAACAAAGAAGAAACCUAAAUCGGAGUUAGAGUUGCUUCACGCCGAUAUUCAAGAUAUGUUUAUUAGAGAUGGCGUAGUUACUGCAACUGGGAAGAGAAUGUGUCGUAUUUUAAAAAGCGAUCCUAAUGCUUUAGAAUCUCCCGACAAUAAAAAGAUACGUAAGAAACCUGGACCGAAACCCAAACAUAAACUUGCCAAAGAGGAGAUAGAAAGUGGCGCGAAGGCUGUUCGGAUAGUAAUACAAAAAAUGCCUGAUGAUAUAAUGCGUCCAACUACCAGAUUGUUAAGAAAUCAAGCCCGAAAAACCAGCUAUGCAGAGACCGAUAUUGAUAGCGAUAAGGGCGAUAAUGAACCGCUUAGAAAUGAGACUGAAGAGCUUGGCAGCGACGAUGAUGAUAAAUCUCAGUCUGAUGAAACGCCUUCUCGGAUGAAAGGUCCUCGAAAAAUUCGAAGAGGGCGUCAAUGGGCCUCGGGGAUUAUUCCUAAACUUAAAAGAAAGAAGAGCCAAGAAAAAAUUGCAUCUAAACUGGAUGUCGUUGAACCUGACAAGUCGUAUUAUUUGGAUUAUACGGACAAGACAAAACUCAUCUGUAAAUUGUGUGAUUUUAGCGGCCAUCUUUUAACAAACCACUAUGUUAAGGAGCAUCCCGAAUCGGAAGUUUUCUGUUCACGCAUGUCCCCCCGGCAAGCCGUUAACGCCAUCAAUGAUUAUAGUAUGAAUUCUAAAAUAUACGAAAAUAUUAUUGAGGACAAAAAUAGGUGCCUGAAUUAUGACUAUUCUUGUAGGAUUUGUGGGUAUUCCACAAAUACUAAACCAAUAGCCUUUUACGAACACGUUACACUUCAUACGGGUGAAUAUCGCCAUCGAUGUGACGCUUGUGGUUUUACUUGUGGUAACGGAAAGGCUUUAGCUGCCCAUUGUCGUACUAUACACGAGGGUCAAGAAAAGCAAGUAUCUAGAACAAAUUAUAAGUCUACAAUUGUUUUUGGUUAUCUUUGCGGUGAAUGUAAUUAUUUGCAGUUGAACCAAAAAAAUGUGCAAGAACACGUUAAUAUUUUUCAUCUUGGCGAUAAACCGAUUAUUUUCAAGAUAAAUAUGUCAGAAGUGCUAGAUCCUAAUAUAGAAACUUUGAAUAUAAAUAAAAAUAAAGAAUUACCUGAAGAACCUUCCCCAGUACCAAAAUUAGUUGAACAAACCCCUACUAAACGUCGUAGGAAACCUGGACCUAAAUCUAAGACCCGUCCAGAUGAAGUGUCAGAUAAAGUAGAUGAAGAUCUGGAAACCAAUUUAAAAGAUUUGAUAACGCCAGAUGUAGAGAAGACUGUAAUAGACAAUAAGGAGCCAGUUUUAGUCAAGAAGAAACCUGGUCCGAAGUCAAAGACUAUGGUUCUUGUUUUAGAAUCAUCCAAUGCAACCAUAAACAAUGUUUCUCAAGAAGCGCCGCUUCCAGUAAGAAGAAAACCGGGCCCUAAGUCGAAAACGAGAAUACAAAAGCCUUCUCCUACUCCAGAAGUAACCACUAGUAGUGAAGCUGUACUUCAAGCAUCAACACCUUCCAAUGCUGUUAACGAUUUUGUAAGAGAACCAAUUAAUAAAAAAAGGCGAAGGAGUUUGGACAAAUUGAUACCUGAAGACAGUACGGAAGAUUUAGAUACAAUUAUAACGCUAUCAAGUCGGAGUAAUAGAGCCGCUAAGGAUAAAGCCACUGCUAAACUGAAGUCGUUGAUGGAAAGUGGGGAAGUGCCUGUAAUUCAGAAGCCUACUGUCGUACCUGAAGUGCCAGUUGUUCAGAUUUCGGCUGUUGUACCUGAAGUUCCAGUUGCUCAGAAGCCAACUGUUGUUGAAUCUGAAAAGAGAGUUGCACAGAAGCCGUCCGUUAUCGCACCGGCUAAAGAAAGCGUCGUAGAGAAAAAUGUUGUGGUCCCUAGUAAGAAGGAAGACAAAAUCAAGUCGAUCGAACCAGACCUCAACGUUUUUACCUGUAAAACCGAUAUUAUGGAAGAAGAUGCGAAACUAACCGAAGAGCGCUUGCGGAAGAUGAACGAGCUCAACAAAUCUAUAGGAUCUCGAGAGUCAAAAUUAGAUUUUGUUAAUAAGUUAUGUAAUAGACUUAAUAGCGAGCAGAGUCCCGAAAGUUCGUCUGAAUCUAUUACCGAACCGAUCAAAGUAAAGGCAGAAUAUAUAGAUGUUCCAAGCUAUGUUGCAUUUGAAAUGAACACCCAACAGUUAGGAGAGGUCAAUAUCCCGGUUAUGAAAACGAUCAGCGAAAUAAGAUCCACUCCAUGUAAAAAACCUGUUUUAGACGAUAGUCCCGUUUUGCCUCAGGCCAACAUCCAGUUUAAAGGUAAAAGCAUGGCCUUAUUUUCUAAUAUAAUCGAAAAAUUACAAGGAAAGGUGAAUGAAGCCGCUGUUCAACAAGAUAGUUCUGAUUCAAAUUCUAGCCCGUCGCCACUUUCACCGUUCGAAGAUUCAACAGCACCUACUUUAAUUAUUGGACAGUUUGUAAAAGCAACAAGAAAACAUGCUGGCGUCGUGUUUUCUUGUCUAGUAAACAAUUGUUACGUUGUUACGAAAGAUCGCCUAGUUUUUCAGUUACAUUGUAAAUUUGGUCAUAAGGACAUAUCUCUUGACUCCACCUUGUGCGACAAAUGCGGUAUAGUUCUGGAAAGUACUAAGGACACUACCUUGCUGGAAAAUACCUUCGAUCACUUAGUGUUUGCACAUUCGGACUUCCUUGAAGAGAAGUCUAUGUUACUAAGAACGCGAAGAUUGAGUGGGGAUAAGUUAUCUGUAAAAGUGGAAAAAGAUAAGGAACCUGAUAAACCUGUCGAAAGUAUGGCGACUUUAGAAUUGGCACACGAUAAUCCGUUUUCAUUUAAAAUUGUCGACGUGAUGUCUUUGGCGGACACAUCUUCCAGUCCUCCUGAGACCACACCACCUCAGCCACAAUUCAUUGGGACAGAACCACGUUCUAUCGUAAUACCACAAUCCAUCGUGGUAACGCAACCCACAACACAACCCAUUGUGGCAACGCAACCCAUUAUGACAACACAACUCAUCAUGGCAACGCAACCCAUUGUGACAACACAACCCUUCGUGGUAACUGAACCCAUCGUGACAACACAACCACAAGCUAUUGGGACAAAACAGCCACAACUGAAGCCAGUACCUCCGCUGACGCCUAUAACGUCUCCUUCCACUUCCGUAGUGCCAUCCACUACGACUUAUUCGUCUCCCUCGAUUUCAAACGUUUUCAAACAAAAACCGUCUUCGAAUCAACUUAUAGUGAAGGAAGCUAAAUUGACUGCUAGCGAAUUAUCUCGGCCGAGAAAAGCGUGCAAGGCUUUGCAAAAGUUCGUAGAAACGCCUGCUGAUUUGUACAAGUGUCCUCAUUUCUACUGCAUGUUUAGCACAAAAGUACGUACGUUAUUAGAACGGCAUUUAAAAAUACACAGAGGCGAUGGAGACGGUAUGGUUGCCUGUGUGUAUUGCGACAUUAAGACUCCCUGGGAGCACGUACCUAUGCACAUUGAUAUCAGACACGCUCAAUGCGAGUAUGCUUGCAAUUAUUGUCUUUACCGAGGCUUAUUGAAGGAGUACGUAUGCUUGCAUCAGCAUCAGAGUCAUGCAUCCAAAGAGUUUGUCAUCGUUCAAGUACCUCCGAAGUCGACUAAAAUAUUUUCCUUAGAUGAGAGUAGUCGAAUAACGGACUAUAAGGCACUUUGUGAACCAUACCGAUGCUAUUGUAAUGAUUUAACCCAGAUCGAAUUUCUGUUCGAGAAUGAAUUUGAAACGCACUUGAAAACAUAUCAUUGUGGCGCCGUCAGAUGCGGAUAUCCAAAGUGCACGCACAUGGGUUUCGCAUCCAACAUGUUGGAUCAUUGGUCUGCGAGCCACGCUAUUUCCAAAUAUCAGUGUGGCCACUGUAAAACUAGCAACGGGGACCUCAUGAAAAUGUAUCAGCAUUUCAUAAAAUUCCACCCCUCACUUAAAAUGCACAUUUUGGCGAGACAUACGGAGAUGGAGUCGACUAGUAUGCAACAGAUUGAAUAUGGAUAUACAGAAAAGGCAUUUUUCAUGCUUGGUCAUAUUAGGAAGUUGCCCCAAAUAGGAUUAUUACUAGGAUCCAAAGGCGUUCCGACCAUAAAAAUAUUGAAGAUGGCGAACAAUUCUUCUAGUAUUUCAGUUCCUACCAUCCCUUCUAGUUCAGGAUCCUUAGCAUUGAAACAGCUACCUGCGAUACAACAACGACAGGGCCAGCCGGCGAAAGCACAGUUACCUUCAAACAUCAAACUCAUAGUGACAACCACUUCAAGCGAGAAAUUUUAUUUUAUACCAAAAUUAAUCACGACAGUGGCAUCGACAAGUGGAGUCCGCGUCCAAACCUCUACAGUAUCUAAAUCAAUUUUAGCCAAUAAUACGUUUGAGUCACAUUCUUCUGUACAGCCACAGAAAGAAAAUAACGACAUUAACACAAGCCAGGAGCCUAUUAAUAAUGUCAUUACCGAUCAAGGUUCGCCUGAAGAGAAUUUUGAAGAACCGUCACCAACCGAAGAUGAAAUUGCAGUUAGUAAUCUACCACCUUUAUUUCUCCUCAAUGAAAAAUCACCGGUAACACCUCUUGAACAUGUCGUCGUACCGGACAAUGUGGACGAUGUAGGCAGGCUUUUGCCAGAGGACGUUGACCCUUUGACUUUUGAUGACUCCACCCUGGCUGCUAAUUUGAGUUCUUUGGAUGAUCCGUUUAAUAUAAUUCCUCCAAUAAUUAUGGAGGAUCCGUUGAAUAUCGAUUUUGCUGAUCCAAUGACUGCUUCCCACGAGCUUGGCGCGUCGAGAUCGCAGUUGGGAAUGUUCAACCGAACAAAUUCUUCGAUAUCGAUUUCGGCUUCGGAUGAUGACGGGUCUGGAAGUAUCGCUUAUAAGGAGAAGGGCCUGUCUGAUUUCCAACUAUACCAGUGUGCCGUGUGUAGGGAACAGUUUGGCACAUCGGGAGAUUUUAAAACUCACCUCAUUAAUACCACCACAUGCAAGAAACCUGGCCACAAGCCUUUCCAGUGUGCUCAUUGUGACAGACAAGCCAAAACUCCAGCCGUGCUUAUUGAACACAUUCAAUCUCAUGGCGUCGAACGAUUUAUUUGUUCUCUAUGCGACGAAAAGUUUACAACAUUGUCUAUUGUAAGGGCGCAUAUUAAGAAUCGUCAUAACAUAUACCAUACGAAUCUAGUGGCGACCGACAACACUAGAACCAACAUUGAAACUGACUUCUUCGUGGUCAAACCUACUCUACUAAAUACACCGAACACUGAUGUAACUAGGACCAAUAUUAGUUCUCUGUCGACAAGUAAUUCUAUAGAGCAGUACACUCCGGAGCAGAUUGAUAGCAUCCCGAACAGGCAGAUAUUUGGCAGCAAUGUAAAAUGUGGUUUGUGCAGCUAUCAGACGAAAGUCAGGGUGAAUAUAGUAAGACAUCUCCAGAUGCACGCCGAUGAAAAGUCUGUUCCAGAUACGGCGCCGGUCAAUCCAGUGCCGUGUUUGGAGAAGAAUGAAAAAAUGUUUGAUAAAAUGAUCAAUCUUGCCGCCAGUUCUAUUACAACAGGCAGGAUGGGAGGACCUAAAUCUGAUAAAGAAGAAGAAAAAUAUCCCGAAUUUGUUGCUACGCAUUGUCGAUUUGUAUGCUGCGCACAAGGGUGUUCGUACUUGUGCCCCGAAGAAGGCAAUCUCAAGCAUCACAUGAUGGCCCUGCACAGGGACGAAACUAAUUUCACAUGUGCUCAUUGCAAAUGUGCUAUUUUACCUUGUGAUGCCGAGACAGCUAUCAAACACUUUAAAUUGCACGGACUGCAUCUCUACAAGUGUCAGUAUUGCAGUGUCCUGUCCCACCUGAAGCACAAAGUGGAAAAACACAUCACAGAUAGCCAUGAUGGACCAGUCAAAGUUAUUACGAUCAGAUAUAUGGAGUCUGAACCUGUAGAAGGCGAAACCCUUGAACCAUCAUUAAUAACCACUCCAAAAUCUAAACCCUGGCGAUGUUGCAUGUGCAAAGUAAAGUGUGCGACCAAAGAAGAUAUUCACGCUCACAUCGUAAACAAGCACGAGGUAGACGCUCAGUACAAAUGCACUUUGUGCACAUUCAAAAACGACAAGGAGGAGAGCUUCCAAAAGCACUUUGACGAAGAACAUCCGGGACAUAACAUGGACAUAAUCUUCGUCUACCAUAAAGUGGAGGAUGAUGUGCCCAAAGAGGAUAACUUUGACACCACGCCCCUGUGGCAAAGGGACAAACCAAGAGUGCGGCACAUACGAGGUAUAUUGUUCGACGAGACAUCCCCUCCACCUGCUAAAGUGCAAAAGAAAUCUGUCAAAAGUUCGCCGAUAUCGAAAGCUCCUGCCCAGAAUAGCGACCACCAAAAAGUUUCGAAGACUCCAGUCCAGAAUAGCGAUCCACACAAGAACUUGUUGGAUAGUAUCGAUGCCGUGGCCAAAGGAACUGAUAGUGUUCAUAGAAGCCCUGUUGUAAUAACAGAUACACAGAGUGAGAUGGUCACAAAAAGUUCGAAGUCGGCAACUAACGAAAUAAAGGAGCCAAAGCUUGAAGAGCCAACUGAAAAUACUCGUCUGUCAACCGAUGACGUCCAGAUAAUUCAGCCGCCUGUAAAUGUCAUAGUAUUAGAUUCUGACGAGAGUGACACUGAGAACGGCACGCCCUCAACUGCUAAGAAAUUAGAUGAUCCAGGUUCACUAAAGGAAUCUGUAUCUAAUUCUAAAUUGGAAAACUCAGAAGCAGAGUCACAGAAUGUAAGAUGCUCGAAAUACCAUUUAACAGCACUGUAUGGAGGUUUUGGCACCCCUCACAAGAGGCAGUGGAGAUGCCCAAAAUGUCAUUCGUUUAAAUCUAGAAGGGUGGCCGAUUUUUUCUUUCAUAUUUUUAAGGAUUUUAACGUUUUUAGGUACAAAUGCAAACUGUGUUGUGACCUUAGUAUUUCAUUCAAAUAUAUGUUGGAUCAUAUCAAGCAACAUCCGGGAGUGACGGAGUCGAUAAUUGAGGCCUUACCACCCCACGUCAAACUAGAAACUUGGAUUCACAUGGUGAUUAGGGAACAGAGUGUGAUGAUCCUAAAGAAUUACACGCCUAUGCCGAAAAAACCUUUGGCCGGCGAGACAGGGUUCAAAUGCCUAUUUUGCGAAGAAAGAUCCGAAACACUAGAGUUAGGCUGUGAACACAUGCUCUAUCACUGGCAAGUUGUACCAUAUGAGUGCGUAUUUUGUACCGCACAAUUUUAUAACGAGUCUGAUCUAAGGUCUCACUGCCAAAAAGAACAUGGUAAUUCUCAUAUAGUUGUGAUGCCUAAGGGUCCCGUUUUACACCAAGUUAUCAAAGAGAUCGAACUGUCGUACAAAAGAGGUUUGGAAGUUAGCGAUGACAGACCCGCGAAACGAUCGAAACCAAACGACCCGGAAGUCAUUAAGAUCGACUCCGACGAUGACUUGCUGGUCGUGUCAGCGACGGACGAAAAUUUAGUUUACUGUUGCGAGCUGUGCGCUUUCAUGUCCGGCACGGAGCCUUUGAUGCAACAACAUUUGUCCGAACAACAUUUCGUGAGCGUGCCUAAGUUUCACAUAGUCAAAAAGAACAUGGUGACCGAUAAUUUGAGGUGUAAUUGGUGCCCAAUCUCCCUUCCCGAAAUUGAGCUACGCGAUCACUUUAUGAUAAACCAUCCCGGCCAGUACUUUAUUCCCUACAAGUACCAGUGUAAACACUGCAUCAGAAGGUACAUCAACGUUGCCAAAAUAAAGCAGCACUACACCAAGUCCCACCCGGAACGACGCAACCCGUUCCUGAACCAUGCGGAUGCGGAAAACUUGCGGCUCUACAAGUGCUCGCUUUGUUCCUAUACGGCAAUUCAGAAAUUACCGAUCCUCAUAAAGGCUCACAUGAGAAGUCACUUCAGGCCUUUAAAAUGUAACCACUGCGGGGUGUUGUUUAAGAUGAUGAGGUUUGUGAAGUUGCAUCACAGCAAAGCUCAUCCCGAUUUAGAGUUGGAUGUGGAAACGAAUGCGAUAAUGAUGGCUGACUAUCUUAAACACGUGGAUGAGGUCGUUAAAACGGCGACGUUACAAUCUCAAACGGCGGUGGCGAAAAAGUCAACCGGAGCAAGCACUUCGAUAAGUACUGCAGAAGAAUAUAGUUAUUACGGUCUUCCAGCGGAGAAGAUCGAUUUGGGGAAGAUCAAUUCGACGUUUGAACUAGAUGGACUGGAAUAUACUACUACAGUGGAAGAUAUGAGCAAAAUGAUAAAUAUUGACCCUUAUGUCGACCUUUCAGAUUGUAAUGUAAUACUAUAAAUCGAUGAAACAGUGUCCAUCACAGAAAAAAGCAAGACUAGAAGAGAUAAAGGGUAUUUCAGACUCAAAGUGUUAAUAAUAGUAAAUUUAUGAAAAUGUCAGUCACAGACAGAGGCAAUAUAUUAUGACUCCAAGACUUUGUUCGCAAAAUGUUAACAGCUCAGAAAUAAUGACUAGUGCCAAAUUAAUGAGCAAAAACGUAUAUAUCGACCCUUAUGUGGAUGAAAUGUUGUCAACGAUUUGAAGCCAAUGUUUUCCUUUUCCUGAGGGCUCAGAAAUAACAACUACUAUAAAAAAGGAAAUGAGUUAAAUAAUUGAAGGCAAUUUUUCAUAGACUCUAAAGUGAUAAUAAUUAUAAAUAUAUGCAAUAGUUCCAAUCAUAGAAAGAGACAAUGAUUUAUAGAGUCUUAUUUGCAACUUGAUUUGUGCUGAGAAAUAAUGACUAAUGUAGAAGAAAUGAGCAAAAUUAUAGAUAUCCACCGUUACAUGGGCGUUUCAGACUGUAAAGUGGUAGAUUUAUAAAUUUUAGAAAUAGUGUCAAAAUCACAGAAAUAGGCAACAGCAUUUGAAGUCAUUAUUUGCAACUUCAUAUGUGCUCAGAAAUAAUUUUAAGCCAAAUUAAAAAAAUAAAUCUAAUUAUAGAUAUAGUUUGUCCCAGGGGAGAAUACACUACAGUGACAGUUUAUCGUUUUAAUUCAAAAGUAAAUUGUUUAUUGUUUUUUUCAGUAAUACGAAGUUAUUAAAAAAAUUGAAUUUAAAUAACAGAUAUUUGUGUAUGUCAUAAACAGGGUGUCAAAAAAAUAAUGUAUCUAACUUCGGUGGGUGAUUCUGCAGAUAAAAAUAAAACUUAAGAACUUACUAAGUUCAUAUGAACAUAUACUCUAAAAUGCUUCCCGAAGAAAUUACAGCCCUCGUAAGAUCAAAAUAAAAAUAAUAUAUUUUGUUUUUCUUUAAGAACAUCAUUGGUAAACCGUUUUUCUUGAAAUUUG